AAGAUUCACACUGAAGUGGGCUCAAGAGCGGCAUCCUGACACUGGCAUUAAGGCAGCUGCCGGAAGAUGACCCUACAACCAUUAACUCCAGUGAACUGUGCAGGCCUCCUGCAGCAGGGCUUCUCUCUUCUGCAGCUGGAUGGUGAAGUCCUCCUGUUUGGCCAGAAAGGCUGGCCCAAGCGCUCGUGUCCUACGGGAGUGUUUGGCGUCCGGUUUAAACUUGGUGAGAUGAAGUUGAGGGCCAUCUCUUUCUCCAAUGACUCAUGCUACCUUCCACCACUGCGCUGCCCUGCUGUUUGCCGCCUCGACCCCUAUGAUGGGCUUCCAGAGAGUUAUCUCAUCCACGGUGGCCGCACCCCAAAUAAUGAGAUCUCCUCGAGCCUGUACCUGCUGACCAUGGAUAGCCGUGGCUGCAAUCGUAAACUGACCCUGUGCUGCAAAGAGAAGGAACUGGUGGGAGAAGUACCCGGGGCCCGAUAUGGCCACACUAUGAGCAUGGUUCAAAGCCAUGGGAAGACAGCUUGUGUGUUGUUUGGGGGUAGAUCCUACAUGCCAGCAGGAGAGCGCACCACAGAGAACUGGAACAGCGUCGUCGACUGUCCUCCUCAGGUGUUCCUGUUUGACAUGGAGUUUGGUUGCUCCUCUGCCCAUACUUUACCGGAGCUUAGCAACGGACAGUCUUUCCAUUUAGCCGUUGCCAGAGAGGACUGUGUCUACUUCCUCGGCGGUCACUCGCUCUCUUCCGACUCCCGCCCCCCUCGACUCUUCCGCCUGCGUGUCGAGCUUUUGCAAGGCAGCCCCUUGCUUUCCUGUGAGACCAUUGAAACUGGCAUAUCCAUCUCAAGUGCCAUAAUCAGCCGUACUGGUCCUACUAGAUAUAUCAUCUUAGGGGGGUAUCAGUCAGACUCUCAGAAGAGGAUGGAGUGCAGCACUGUGAUUCUGAAUGAGAAAGGGAUCACCUUUGAGGCCUUAGAAUCACCUAAGUGGACCCAAGAUAUCACGCAAAGUCGCACUUGGUUUGGCGGCAGUGCUGGGGAGGGAACCAUCAUACUUGCUGUACCUACUGAGGGAAGGCCAUCCCAAGCAGAUGUGCAUUAUUUCUAUCAUGUGAGCUUCCAGACAGAGGGGGAAUCAAAAGCGGACGAAGAAGCCCAGGGCUGCAGCCAGGAGUCAACAGAUUACGACAACUCCACUCCUCUUGAAGACUCUGAAGAGCUCUACUUCGGCCGUGAGCCUCACGAACUGGAGGACAUUGAUGGAGAAGAGGGUAAUUACAAUGAGGAGGAUGAGGAGGACGAAUCGCAAACAGGCUAUUGGAUGAAAUGCUGCCUUGGCUGUCAGCUGAACCCCAACAAGUGGGAGCCAUAUUACUCCACUGAGCUCUUCCGGCCUGCCAUGAUAUUCUGCUCCAGAGGGGAGGGGGGGCACUGGGUCCAUGCCCAGUGUAUGGAGCUGUCUGAGCUGCUGCUGCUCAGGCUCUCUGAGGGCAGCAAAAAGUAUUUCUGCAUGGACCAUGGAGGCCUGCCCUUCCAGGAGAUGACCCCACCUCGGCAGGUCACGCCUCUGAAGCGCACCCCCUUGAAGGUUAAGGACAGGAAAACUCCUCCAACCAUCAAGAUGUCCCCUGCCAAAAAAAGCUUUUUCAGAAGGCUUUUUGAUUGA